AUGCUGUCGACACCCCGCCCAGCUUCCUCUAGCUCAAGAACCAACAGAGUGUUUCAAGAACUGCAAGAAAACUUAGAAAGCAUUCAAAAAGAUUUGGAAAACACAAAGGCACAACUCCAAACGGCUAAAGAGAACAAGGAACAAUUUGAAAAAGAGAAUGAGGAAUACAUCGAAUCCAACAAGAAGCUUAGAUCAGAUAUCCAAGAAGUGAUGCAAAUAUUAGAGUCCAAGCAACAGCUGUUGGAUUCUACCAAACAAACAUAUGUAAGCACGGAAAAUAAAGUCAAACAACUCAAGGACGAAGCCAUGGCAGCUAGAAAGGAGUUGGAUGACCUGAAACGGAGAGAGCACACGAUUGAGAAGGAAUGUCGCACAAUUCAAUUACAAAAGGAAAAGCAAUUGCAGCAGCAAAAGACAUUUGAACAAUCUGUAGCACAAUCACAGGCUGAGUUCGAUAAAGAGAUACAAGCUUUGGAGCUAGAGUUAGCCUCUGUUCAACAGAGUGUCCAGGAUGUCAAGGAAAAAGAUGUAGCUAAAGAAGUACAGCAGAUGGUGGAGAAACAAGCCAAGGAAAGAGAGGUGCUGAUCCAAGAUUUCGAAAAGGUGCACAAGGAGAUCGAAGCAAACAACCAAGAGUUUAUCCAGCAAGUUAAGCAAGAACUGAUGGCUUUGAUGAAGCAACUGCCAGUUGAAGAAGAGCAAUCGCUAGAAUCAGAAGUUGUCAAUUGCAAAGAUGAUGUUGAAAGUUUGAUUGCUCGCAUUAAAUCCAGUGCUGCAGUUUCAAUAAACGAGUAA